AUGAGGGCCGCUGCUGUGUCGCCAGCCGCGCCCGCUGCGGACAGCGACAUCUCCAAGCUUCCCCACUGGCAACAGGCCCUGCUCGAAGCUGGCAAGGAGGACGGCCGCAAGCUGAUGGUGGUGCAGACAGCUCCCGCCGUGCGUGUCGCCAUCUCAGAGACACUGGGCCUGGCCCCCGGCGCCGUCACCGCCAACCAGAUGGUCACGGCCCUCAAGAUGCUGGGCUUUGAUUAUGUCUUUGACACGCUGUUUGCUGCCGACCUGACCAUCAUGGAGGAGGGCACUGAGCUGCUGCACCGCCUGGAGGCCAAGGCGGCCGAGCGCACCGCCAUGCCCGCCACGGCCCCCGAGGGGGGCCACGCCGCCAGCUCCGUCCUGCCCAUGUUCACGUCCUGCUGCCCAGGCUGGGUGGCCAUGGUGGAGAAGUCCAACCCCGAGCUCAUUCCCUUCCUGUCAACAUGCAAGAGCCCCCAGAUGAUGAUGGGCGCUGUCGUCAAGGGCUACUUCAGCACGGUGGCCGGCGUCCAGCCCGAGGACAUCUGCAGCGUCAGCGUGAUGCCCUGCGUGCGCAAGCAGGGUGAGGCCGACCGCGAGUGGUUUGUGACAGACGUGGUGGCAAAGGAGGCGUGCGGCAGCACCGUGCGUGAUGUCGAUCAUGUGAUGACGACUGCGGAACUGGGGAAGAUAUUGGUGGAGCGCGGCAUCGACCUUGCGAACCUGCCUGAGACGCCCUACGACAACCCCAUUGGGGACGGGUCCGGCGGCGGCCUGCUGUUUGGAACCACUGGCGGCGUGAUGGAGGCAGCCCUGCGCACCGUGUAUGAGCUUGUGAGCGGCGAUCGCCUGGAGCGCCUUAACUUUGAUGCGGCGCGCGGUCUCGACGGCAUCAAGGAGACCACCGUCACCAUGCACCCGCCAGAGGGGUCUCCCUUCAAGGUGCUGGAGUCUGAGCCAGGCGCGGGCGUGACACUGCGCAUCGCCGUCGCCAACGGCCUGGGCAACGCCAAGAAGGUGAUCAAGGGCGUGGCUGACGGCAGCCUGGCCUACGACUUCAUCGAGGUCAUGGCCUGCCCCGGCGGCUGCAUCGGCGGCGGCGGCCAGCCCCGCAGCACCGACAAGACCAUCCUGCAGAAGCGCCAGGCGGCCAUGUAUACCCUGGACGAGAGGGCCACACUGCGUCGCUGCCAUGACAACCCCCAGAUCACGGCGCUGUACGAGAAGUGGCUCGGCAAGCCCAACAGCCACCUUGCGCACGAGCGGCUACACACUCACUACGUUGCAGGCGGGGUUGAGGGCGAGAAGUGA